CUUUCGAAUUAAAGAGGGCAAAGGGGUCAAAACUGUUAAAACAAUUUCCACAGACAGCUUCCUCUCCAGCGCAGCGAAGAACGAUGAUGAGUGGUAAUAACGUCUACACUCCGCCCGACCAAUCUCUCUCCCCCAACUCUAAUCUUUGCAUCACGAUCGAAGAGAGCAGCGAGCAGCUGGUCGUAGUAGAACAAGACGGAGACGACGACCUUCCAAUCGUCGGAGACAAUCCUCCUCCCGACCUCCACGAUUGCGAUGGAUUGCUUGAUGACUUCCCACCUCAAAGCAACGAAUCCGAAAAGUGUUCGACGGCGUCUCCUCCACCCGCUACUGGAAUGGAAUUCGACUCCUACGACGACGCCUACAGUUACUACAACUCCUACGCGAGGGACCUCGGUUUCGCCAUCAGGGUCAAAUCCUCGUGGACAAAGCGUAACAGCAAGGAGAAACGCGGCGCCGUCUUGUGCUGCAACUGCGAAGGCUUCAAGACGGUUAAAGAACCAAACAGCACAAGGAGGAAAGAGACACGAACCGGUUGUCAGGCCAUGAUUCGCCUGAGAUUGAUCGAACUCGAUAGAUGGAAAGUCGAUGAAGUUAAACUGGAACACAACCACUCCUUUGAUCCUGAACGAGCUCAUAACUCUAAGUCUCAUAAGAAAACGUUUGGUGAUGGUGCUGCUGCUGCUACCAAGAGAAAACAUGAACCGCCUCUUGAUGUCCAAGUCCGUACCAUCAAGCUGUAUAGGACGAAUGCUGUUGACUCUAAUGGGGAGACGAGCGAUGAUCACUUGCACUCUUCUAGGCGUUUGGAUCUCAGAGGAGGAGGAGGGUUUAGAGUCUUGCAAGACUUCUUCUUCCAAUCUCAGCUUACAAACCCAAACUUUUUCUACUCCAUGGACCUCGGCGACGACGGGUGUCUCAGGAACGUGUUCUGGAUUGAGUCUCGAGCCAGGGCGGCUUACUCUCACUUUAGCGACGUGGUUGUCUUCGACACGACGUGUUUAUCAAACGCCUACGAGCUCCCUCUCGUGGCGUUCGUUGGAAUUAACCACCAUGGAGAUCCCAUCUUACUCGGAUGUGGUUUGGUUGCUGACCAGACCCCCGAGACCUACGUCUGGCUCUUCAGAGCGUGGCUUACCUGCGUGUCGGGCCGUCCCCCGCUGACCUUCGUCACGGAGCAUUGCAAGUCGAUCCAGACUGCAGUCUCUGAAGUUUUCCCUAGGGCUCAUCACCGUCUUAGUUUGACCCACGUCUUGCAAUGCGUUGUUGGGGUGCAAGACUCUGAGUCGUUCCGUAUGGCGCUGAACAGAGUGGUGUACGGUUAUCUCAAGGUGGAGGAGUUUGAAGUCGCUUGGGAGGAAAUGAUCAUUCGGUUUGGGCUGACGAAUCACGAAACCAUCCGGGGCCUGUUUCAGGAUCGAGAGCAGUGGGCUCCUGUUUACCUCAAGGACACGUUUUUGGCUGGGGCGCUGACUUUUCGACUAGGGAAUGCAGCGGCUCCGUUUAUCUUCAGCAGCUACGUCCACCAGCAGACUUCCUUGAGAGAUUUUCUCGAAGGGUACGUAUCUUUUCUUGAUAAAAAGUACACAAACGAAGCCUUGUGCGAUUUACAGUCGUCGAAGUCGAUCCCGGAGCUCAAAACAACGCACCCGUACGAGUCUCAGAUGGCAAAGGUGUUGACAAAGGAGAUAUUCACAAGGUUCCAAGAGGAGGUGGUGGCGACGUCUUCGUGUGCGGGAGUAACGCAAGUGCACUCAUCAACCGGCUCGGCCUCCUUCUCGUACGUGGUGAAAGAGCGGGAGGGAGAGAAAGUUAGAGACUUUGAAGUCGUCUACGAGACAAAUGCAGCAGCAGGGAUACGUUGCUUCUGUGUUUGUGGUGGUUUUAGCUUUAACGGGUACCAGUGCAGACACGUGCUCCUCCUGCUUAGCCACAAGGGCUUGGAGGAAAUCCCGUCUCAGUAUAUACUGCAGCGUUGGCGGAAGGACGUGAAGCGACUCUAUGUUGCGGAUUUCGGGUCAGGCGGUGUGGAUGUAAUGAAUCCGGUUCAGUGGUACGAGCAUUUGCAUAGAAGAGCGAUGCAGGUUGUUGAACAAGGGAUGCGAUCGAAAGAGCACUGCAGAGUUGCCUGGGAAGCGUUUAAGGAGUGUGUGAAUAGAGUGACAGAGAAGUCUUCGUAGGUACCUUUUUUUUGUGUUACCUGCUACUGUUGUAUAUGUUAUGUCUUUGUACGACCUGAUUGAAAUUUUAAUAAUUAUUAGGGUCAUAGCUCAUUCCUGUAGGAUCAUUAAGACUACCUUUCUUUUUUUGUCGGUGAAUAAUUCAUUCAAAGGUUUAAGCCAAA